AUGCCGAAAUACGAAGUCGAGUCCGACACGAGCGAAAAGUAUGAGAUCGAUCAUAUGGAGGACCUUGGGUGCCACGAAGUCCUCGCUUCUGAACAGGAGGGUCUCAAACGUGAUCUCCGUCUCCGCCACAUGGUCAUGAUUGCGAUUUCCGGCACCAUCGGUACCGGUCUCUUCCUAACCUCGGGCUCAACCAUCGCCACCGCUGGCCCAGGCGGCGCCUACUCUACCCUCCUUGUUCAUUGUCCUCUCGCAGUGCUCGCCUACAUCACCAUCGGCCUCUGGCUUGUCUUUGUAUGCCAAGCCAUCGGUGAGAUCGCCACGCUCUUGCCCCUUCCCGGUGCCUUCAAUGCCUGGGGCGGACGCGUCUUUGACGAGGCGCUUUCGUUCCAGAUGACCUGGAUGUACUUUAUCAACUGGGCCUUGACUAUUCCUGCAGAGCUGUCGGCCUCUGCUGUUAUCGUCGGAUUUUGGUUGCCUGAGGAUUCAAAGUUUCCCGCUUGGGUCGUCCCGCUCAUCAUCAUCAUGGUCAUGGUCAUUAUUAACCUGGUCGGUGUCAAAGCAUACGGUGAGCUCGAGUACUGGUUCUCGAUCCUCAAGGUCGUCACCAUUAUCAUGUUCAUCAUCUGCGGUAUCCUUGUCGAUGCCGGUGUUAUCGGCGGAGUCAAGUACGGUAUGAGCGCCUGGCACAUUCCUGGCGCACCCUUCAAGAACGGCUUCAUAGGCUUCCUCACCACUUUGGUCACAGUUGGCUAUGCGUAUGGUGGUACAGAGAUGACUGGUGUUACCGCUGCCGAGUCCCGCAAUCCCCACAAGCACGUUCCCAAGGCUGUCAACACGGUCAUGCUCCGUAUCGCCUUCUUCUACAUUAUCUCAAUCUUCUUGCUCGGUUCCAUUGUCCACAACGAUGACCCUUCACUUUUGAACGCCAACUCAUCCGCUGCCAAGGCUCCAUUCACCAUCGUCUUUGCCAAGGCCGGGAUCAGCGCUGCAGCCAAUUACAUGAACGCUGUCGUCUUCACCUCGGUUUUCUCGGCCAUCAACUCGGAUUUCUAUGUCACAACUCGCAUGCUUCUGUCGCUCUCCCGCAACGGCUGGGCCCACAAGUCGAUCGGUUACACCAACUCUCGCGGUGUACCCCUGGUGGCUCUGGCUAUCGUCACCGCUUGCUCCUGCCUGUCAUUGAUCACGAUCUUUGUCGGCUCUGGAGUAGUCUUCCAGUGGUUCGUCUCCCUCAUUGGCUCCGUCCUUUUCCAGUCCUGGAUCCUGAUUCUUCUCCUCCACUUCCGCUUCCGUUACUGUUGGAGGAAGCAGGGACGUCCUGUCCAGGACUUACCCUAUGUCUCCUGGGGAUAUCCCUACGGUAAUAUCCUAGGUGCUGUCAUCGGUGUCUGCUGCAUCGUUGCGACCUGCUAUCUGUCCGUGAUCAACCCUCCUCGGAACCCUGGCUCUGAUGCCACCCCUGAGGAACUCCGCAAAUUUAAAAGCGACCGCAAUGACUAUGCCCAAGGUCUUUUGGGCGCCUGGUUCCCUUGGGUGAUGUCCACGAUUUUGUUCUUCUCGUACAAGUACGUCCGCAAGACCAAGCUGGUCAAGGCUGAGGAGGCCGAUUUCGACACUGGUCGCUUCAUUCCAUCUGAGUCUGAUAAGGAAGACUUGAAGCCUCACGGAACUGUGUGGAAGAGGUUCCUGCAAUCCAUGAUCUAG